AUGGCGAUGGUCGCGUCGAACAUGAGCGGCCACAUACAAAAGCAGCUCACUAGAAGUCUUGAGCGAAUCCUGGAGGAAGCACACUUAAGCGGUGAGCUCAAGCUUAGCGGUCGAAAACUUAAGGAUUUUCCAAAAGUAGGAAAAACAGGCUCUAGUAAAUAUAAUCUUCAGGAUACAGUUAUUGCCGAUUUAUCGAAGAACCGUUUCGCCGAAUUGCCGGAAGAGGUGACGGAAUUUCUGUUCCUCGAAAAGCUUCAUCUCUACCACAAUGCCAUAAGAAUAAUACCGGAAACUGUGGUGAUGCUACAGUCGCUCAACUACCUCGAUCUUAGUCGCAACCAAUUGACUUCUCUACCUCGGGAGAUAUGCAGGCUACCGUUGCAAACGUUAUUGGUCGCUCACAACAGAUUGGCAUCUCUGCCGGACGAAUUGGGCAGGAUGUCCGCGUUGGCCGAGCUCGAUGCGGGAUGCAACGAAAUCACGAAUCUGCCACCCCGCAUGGGCGAUCUUGCGCGACUUAGGUCCUUAGAUUUGAGGAGCAACAUGAUCGUGCACCUGCCUAUAGAACUGACGUACCUGAGACUCGUAAAGCUGGAUAUCAGCGGCAAUCGGAUAUCCGUGCUUCCAAACGAGAUGAGGAAAAUGAAGAGUCUGGUCGAUUUUCGGCUGUCCGAUAAUCCUUUGACCUCGCCACCUGCCUCGUUAUGCAUUCGCGGGCGAACGCACAUCUUUAAAUAUUUGGAGAGACAGGCGGCGAAACACGAGAGGGCCAGAGGUGGCCGUGCUAGGAGAACACCUUUGGAUGUCAGAGGUCACGCGACUUUGGACACGAGGACCCACAGGCGACACAACGUAGACAGUGGAUACAGCACGAGCGACGGCGUCGACAAACGCUGGUCUCAAGAGAUUCACAGCGCGGUGCACGACGGCGAGAUUCGAGGGCUGUGGCGUCAAGAAUGCUCGCCCCUUUCGAUCACGUUGCCGCACGAGACGGGCGUGAAUGGAUCCUGCAGCGGAACCUCGACACCUAGUACCAUCUCGCCUGGCGAGCACACGUCUCUCGAGGAUGAGCUCGGCAAGGCAAUGAUACUGCACGAUCAAUUGGAAAAGAGGAAAUUAGAAAGGAGCACCUCGGAGAAUGGUGCCGAUGUCAGAAGACCGAUGACCUCUGGCUUCUAUCACGCGUCGAUUACGCCACCCGGCCCCCUCGAAUCCGCUCAUCUGAAUCAAACGGUAUCGACCAACACGCAAUCCGUGCAACCGUUGCAAACUUCGACCUCUAACGCUACCUCGUUGAUGAACGGAGACGAGAAAAGGCCGCUCAAUCAUAUUCAAACUUACAGGGAGUAUAAAGAGGCUUUGAGACAACAAAGGGCGAACGAAGGACCAAGCGUGUACAGGCCGCGAGAACAAGUUACACCGCCAGGCAACGAAUCGCAGAACAACGAGACGGACUCGGCUAGUAACAAAGACGCGGUUGCUUUGACCGGUAAACAGAUCUUCAACGAGGAGAACGCGACCAAGAGACCAGUGCAGAAGGUAACUCCGUCACGCAUCAACUAUCAGAACACGCCGAUUAUCAACGGUAGCAAUAACGAAUACAACAAUAAGAACGGGAAAUACCUCGAGCAGCCGUAUAAGAAGCCUAAUUCGCCAAUCAAAACGUCUUCGAGCAUUUUAUCUUCCAACGCAAGCCCAGGACACACGCCUAGAUUAGUCAAAACCGCUGUUGGUUACGUGGAAGGUAACAAGAGUCCGAACAGGAACGGUGGAAGUCCAAAGUCACCUCGGUCGGUUACAUGGAACAGCAACGUGCCGGAAAAAUAUUCGUUCACCAUGAGAAGAGAGUUCGAGCGUGCCAAGGAGGAAGCUGACUUGAUCGAGCAACUUCGAAACCAUAUCGAGACACGGUUGAAGAUGGCUUUGCCGGAAGAUCUCGCCCCGGCGCUAACGGAUGGAGUUGUACUUUGUCACUUGGCAAAUCACGUAAGACCCCGAUCGGUUGCCAGUAUCCACGUUCCUUCGCCAGCUGUGCCCAAGUUGACAAUGGCAAGAUGCAGGCGUAACGUCGACAAUUUUCUCGAAGCGUGUCGAAAGAUUGGCGUUGACGAGAAUCUCGUGUGCUGUGCCAGCGACGUGCUGGAAGGAGGUCGGGGAGUGGUACGUGUGGCUGUCACGGUCUCGGAGCUGCUCAGGUUCCAUCAGUCACGGUCACCGUUGCAGACCACGUCAUCCUCGAACGUGCCGAACCACGUGUCCGCUUAGCGCCAAACGAUAUAAACACGAUGUAAUCGGAUAAAAUAAUCUUGUCGACCAUGAAAGAAACGGACUCGCGGCCACGUUUUACCCGAUCGAUGUGUGUACCCGGAAAGAAGAAUGGACCCGACAGCAACGUCUUGUCAUUCGUUUUUCUAAUACUCGAGACACGUGAUUUCGUUGUAAUAGGUACAGCCACCUAAACGAAAAGACGAGACCACUUCUCGGUCCAACUUCUUCUAGAUCGAACAAUAACGCUAUAGAGGAUCGAUAAUCUCUUCAGAUUUUUAUACUCGUUACACGUACGCGUCAGAUAAUCGCGUGUCUGGUCGUAUAUCGGCGACUUUCUUUAAAUCAAAAAAAAAGAAAAAAAAGAAAAAAAAAGAAGAAAAAAAAAGGAAAGAAAAAAAAAACAAACGACGCGACAUCAAAAAUAUUUAACGCAACGUGUUAGACUGCGAUCAAUCAUGACACUUGAUUUAUUAUAGCUGUACGAAACUUUUAUAUCGGAAAAAAACAAAACGUAUCUUUGUACGAGAAAGAAGAAAAAAAAAAAAAAAAAAAAGAAGUAGCAGGAAACUAGGAUAUAAAGUAGCCUAGUUUCGUAAAAGAAAUAAGAUAUGAACGCGCGAACAGCCGUAUAAAGAAAGUUAGUAAAUAUCGGAGACACUUUCUCGGGCUCGAUUUUGCGAGAUCUCGAAGCAAUGAAAAAAGUUCCUACUUCCUGAAUAUUGAUUAUAACGCGUUAUCAUCAUAUUUUAUAGUUCUUACAUUGAUAUUAAGCCAAGCAUAUUAUCUUUAGCAAGAUAAUUGUUUUCAGUGAUUUCUGAGGAAAAAGUCGUAAUUUUACGAACUUUUUUCGUUGUGUUCCACCGUUCAAUCCCAAUAAAAUGUCUCCUAUAUCUAUUAACAGCCUGUAUAUCCGUGCUUUCUAAUAGCUGGUAAUUACGAGGCAUUUCAAUAUCGUAACGUGGAACAAUAAUCGAUUAAAUCGAUCAAAUCGAAACACGCGAUGAAUGAUAACGCAAUUUUGCACUUGAUCAAAACAUACCUAUUGGAAUUUUAUCCAUAUUUAAAUUAUCUUGCAAUUAAGUAUCUUGUGAAUCGAGCAUGCGCUAUAUAACUAAAGAUGAAUUCGCGUAGUUUAAAACGAAAUCCAUAUUGGUAAAAAUUUACGCGAAUCAGCUCAAUUAUUUCGUUUUACAAGCGAUAUUUGAUUCGUUUGUUCCGCGGUUACUUUAACGAUUUAACGUUCCCCUCCAAAGAAAAUACUAGGAAGUUGAACCAACCAUCUUUAAGUCUCGGAACGAUGCAUACACAAUCUACUGCGGAUUAAGUAGGUUUCUGCGCGAACGAAUGGUAAGUUAGUUAGUUAGUACGUUUCCAAUAUAACCGACGAUCGAUAACAGGCUCGAUUGAGAAUUUUGAUUGUCGGCAACGAUCUCGAACGAAUCGUUGAUAUAUCAUUGAAUAUCAUUCAUACUUUUAUGUAAAAUUAAGGCCUAGGUGUUCACAAAAAUGUAUAUCGUUAACGUUGCAAUUUUCUUUACGUCUAGUACGCGAUACUAAAUUAUUUUAUUCUUCUCCGUUAUUUUAUAAUUUCAACGCAUAUAUCGAGUUAUCUUUUAUCCUUGAAACGACAAUUCCAGCUACUGCCACGAUUUGAUAAUAUAUUUCUUGAAACGAUAAAACCCCGUUAGGUGCUAAACGUAUCAUUAUAUCAUUAAUUGUAAUUUCUUAUAUUGUCGCAAACUUUGUUCAUUCUCUCUUUUUUUUCUUUUUUUUUUUCUUUUUAAUUUUUAUUUCGUUUAAUUUAGGAAUGAUCGCGUAGAAGGAAUUACGAAGGAUCUCAUAUGUCGUGAUCAGUAAAGAAUCGAGCGAUUAUGUCUCGAUAUCUCGUCAGAGUGUUCCGACAAAUAAUGCGCGUUACCGAUCCAAGCUCACCCCGACGAGAUAUCCAAUGUGGAAGAUUGUACCGUGUAUUCGUAUUUAUUGUGCCAAAGAUAUAUAUUAAUUUUUUCUCUCUAUUUCUCAUCAAGGACGAAUCUUUGCAGGUAAGCAACGAUGUUUACGAAAUAACGUCGAAGAAAGAAGACUACUACGAUAUAUCGAAGAUUGUUCGACAAGAUUUUGGAGUAAUGGAGUAAUAAGACGAUACGACGAUCACGUGCCGCUUCGUCUGUCUAUCGAACGUCCUAAUCUCCUGCGUCGAAUUCCAAGUGGAAUUAGACGCGAUUCGUCCUUUGAUCACGGCUACAUUAUCGUGAACUGAAUUUUUCACUUGUCUUUUUUCGUGAAUUUUCCCUCUCUCUCUCUCUCACUCGUUCUCCGUUCUUUCUCCUCCCUUCUCACUCCCUCAACCUCAAUUUCAUAUUUACGUUUAAUUGGACCAGCACUUCUCGUUUAUAAAUAUAUGCGAAUUCGUCAAGCGACGCAUCGCUGCGGAAUUGUAUCGUUCGCUCAAAUUAUUACGUUCGCGUUUCUCAAAAACGAACGCGCUGCUAAAUUGGCCAUCGUUUGAAACGUCUCGAUCGACUGGCUAUCAUCGUUAUCAGCAGUAUUACAAGCAAUUAUCCCACCGAUACAGGCCUUUUUAAACGUGUUCCGA